GGAGGCCGAAAGAGAGAGAGAGAGACGCAGACCUCCCAAAAAGAAGCGCCCAAAUUCAGCACUUCAAAAUCAAAAUCACAAAACCCUAAACACGCUCGAUAGAUAUCUCUUAGCCCAUCCCUUGUUCCCUUCUCAGGCACGUCUGUUUCUUCUUCCUCAUUGAAAUAUUAAUAAACGAUUCUUAUCGCAAUUUCUUUUCUCUCUUAAACCUCCUCUGUUUCUCAUCCUUAUUAUUAUUAUUAUUAUCAAUUUAUUUUUUUUUUCCUCAAAAUUAAUUUACUUACGCUACGGAUCGAAAGGACAAAAUUAUGGAUUUUGAAACCCAAUCGCAGAAGAAGAAAUACGGAGCUGGGGUUUUUGGAGAUGUCUGCACUGUUACUAUGAUGCUUCCCAAAGACCUCGAAAUCGAUAAGUUGGAUCCUCCUCCUCCUCACCUCCGAUUUCAACUACCUCAUUUCAAGCUCUCUAUUAGAGAGUUUGUUAAGACUAGAGAAGUUGGUGAGUUUCUCAGUGGGGCUUUAGCUGGGGCUAUGACCAAGGCUGUACUUGCUCCUUUAGAAACCAUCAGAACAAGAAUGGUCGUUGGUGUUGGAUCCAAAAACAUCUCUGGUAGUUUCUUUGAGAUCAUUGAGCAGCAGGGUUGGCAAGGGCUUUGGGCUGGCAAUGCAAUCAAUAUGCUUCGUAUAAUCCCUACCCAGGCUAUUGAGCUCGGAACAUUUGAGUAUGUUAAGCGGGUUAUGAUGUCAACACAAGAGAAAUGGAAUCAGACUGACUGUCCAAGAGUGCAAAUUGGUCCUGUCAGCUUGAACUUUUCUCUCUCCUGGAUUUCCCCAGUUGCAGUAGCUGGUGCUGCUGCUGGAAUUGUUAGCACGCUUGCAUGCCAUCCUCUUGAAGUUUUGAAGGAUCGAUUGACUGUAAGUCGUGAUCUGUACCCUAGUCUAGGCAUUGCAAUUACCAAAAUCUACAAGGAUGGAGGGAUUGGUGCCUUUUAUGCUGGUAUUUCGCCUACACUGAUUGGCAUGCUUCCAUACAGUACAUGUUACUAUUUCAUGUACGAGACAAUGAAGAAUUCUUACUGUCAGUCAAGGAAGAAGAAGUCAUUAAACCGUCCAGAGAUGCUCUUGGUUGGAGCUCUUGCGGGCUUUACAGCUAGCACCAUCAGCUUUCCUUUGGAGGUUGCCAGGAAACGACUAAUGGUGGGAGCUUUGCAGGGUCAGUGUCCUCCUCACAUGGCAGCAGCACUUUCAGAAGUCAUUCGGGAGGAGGGUUUGAUGGGACUUUACAGAGGAUGGGGUGCAAGUUGUUUAAAAGUCAUGCCUUCCUCUGGAAUCACUUGGAUGUUUUAUGAAGCUUGGAAAGAUAUAUUAAUUGCCGACAAACGGCUUGUAUAACGGCUUUGCGAGACAUGGCAUAAAUCCCGUUUGGGGCAAAUGUUGGAAUUAUAAGUCAUAAACAUGAGGCGGAAAGUGGUAAUCAGUUGCCUGGAGGCAGAUAUCUGAAAUCCUGGAUUGGAUAUCCCUCCCUUUACUUUUACAAUUAUGGGAUAGGGCAGUUCUUUUAUGUAUGCCCAUUGCAAGUUGACCAAAAAAAUAUUAGCUGAGCAAGAAAUUUUGGUCCUGUUGGAUUGUU